AUGCGUUAUUAUGCUUCAUCCGACAACUAUCAACCGGGAGGUCCGAUUCUGAUAUUUCUAGGAGGGCUUACUCCUAUCUCUCGAAAUCUGAUCGACGAGACAACGCUGAUUUAUGAAAUGGCACGGGAAUGGAACGGUGCACUGUUUGCCUUCGAAUCCCGAUUCUACGGACAGAAUUGGGUCACUGAAGAUUUGAGCACCGAAAAUCUACGCCUGCUGAGUGCAGAUCAGAUAUUGGCUGAUUUGGCUGAAUUCGUGACUUACAUAAGACGUGACCAUGUUGGUGACGAAACCGCUAGGGUUUUGGUGGCCGGCACAGAAGUGGGAGGAUCGCUGGCUGCUUGGUUUCGAAUUCGGUAUCCACAUCUGGGAAAUGCUGCGUGGGCUUCCAGUGUCCCCAUGAAUGCCGUUCUGAAUUUCCAAGACUUUGCGGAGGCCUGGGGAGAAACGUUGAUUGAACAUGGCAGUCAGGAGUGCUACAAUGAGCUCUUUGUGGCAUUCCAUGUAAUGCAGAACUUGAUCGACUUAGGAAGAGCCGAUUUAAUAUCCGAGAAGUUCAACAUUUGCUCUGAAAUAGAUCCGGAAAACACCUUCCAAGUCCAGUACUUUUUCAGUACUUUGAUAGGAACGGUUGAAAUGUUUACUAUGCUCAACAAAAAUUUGGCAGAUUUUGUUCAAGUGUGCGGGGAAAUUACUGGAUCUGACGCAGAGACUGCGGUUGAAGCUCUGGGGAACUGGUUCAACACAAUAUGGCCCCAAGAAUUGGGUUGUGCAAUAUCGGACCCAGCAGAAGUUAUUGAAUUACUCCAGGACACUGACUGGAAUUCAGAAUUUAGCCCGUACGGCCUUCGGCAAAUGAUCUAUCAGGAAUGCACUGAGGUCGGUUGGUUCCCCACCACGGAUUCACCGUUCCAACCAUUCGGUGAUCGUGUGACUAUAGAUUUCUAUAUUGAAAUGUGCCGCCAAGUAUUUGGCGAUUGGAUUACGGAAGAAACAAUCCAGCGAGGUAUCGACCGGGCGAACAACCGUUUCGGUGGAGAUAAUCCCGGUUCCAGUUUGACUCACUUUACCAACGGAGAUGCUGAUCCGUUGAGAAUGGUUGGUAUCACUAGGAAUCUUACGCUCGAUGCACAAGCCGAUGUGAUUCGCAAUCAGCUCGGUGGGUCCGAUUUGCCAGCUCUCUCCCCGGAUGAUCCCGCGGAUCUACAGGAAGUCAAGCGACGUUUGAAAACCACACUCGCCAGUUAUUUGUUCCCUAUGACUCCCUAUGAGAGUAUAUGA